GUAUGGUGUGAACGUGUCUUUAAAAUGGCGUUGUCAACAAUGAUCAAGAAAGUUUUGUUAAACUGAUUAGUAGUUUAAGUGUAAAUUAAUUAACAUAUAACUUUUUGUUUAAAUAAUUAGUUAGAAAUUAAUGAAAAAAAAUGAACGGUCUAAGUUUAAGCGAACUGUGCUGCUUAUUUUGUUGUCCACCUUGUCCUAGCAGAAUAGCAGCAAAACUGGCAUUUCUACCCCCAGAACCGACCUAUGAAUUUGUAUCCGACGAAAAUGGAAAAUGCAGUUUCGCACUGACAGAACGUGCCGAAUGGCAGUUUUCGGAACGUGAAAAGGAAAAUGUGGAGGUGUUUUUCACAAGAACUGAAAGAGGAAACAGAAUUGCCUGCUUAUUUGUUAGGUGUAGUAAUUCAGCAAGAUUCACGAUAUUAUUUUCGCACGGUAAUGCAGUGGAUUUAGGACAGAUGUCUAGUUUUUAUUUGGGCCUAGGUUCAAGAAUUAACUGCAACAUAUUCAGUUACGAUUAUUCUGGUUAUGGUGUCAGUGGAGGUAAACCUUCUGAGAAGAAUCUUUAUGCAGACAUCGAUGCUGCUUGGCAAGCCUUAAGGACGCGUUACGGCAUCAGUCCGGAGAACAUUAUUCUUUAUGGACAGAGCAUAGGAACCGUUCCUACCGUCGAUUUGGCUGCCCGAUAUGAAGUUGGAGCUGUGAUCUUACAUUCACCUCUUAUGUCCGGCAUGAGAGUUGCCUUUCCUAACACUAAAAGAACUUGGUUCUUUGAUGCCUUCCCCAGUAUCGAUAAAGUUCCGAAAGUAAUGUCCCCAACAUUGAUAAUACACGGAACUGAAGACGAAGUAAUAGACUUUUCCCAUGGACUGACAAUUUACGAAAAAUGUCCAAAGGCUGUGGAUCCACUUUGGGUAGAGGGUGCGGGUCAUAACGAUGUGGAACUGUACUCAGUAUACCUGGAGCGACUUAGGCAAUUCGUGAUGAACGAAUUAGACAACUGACACACGACGGUUGUUGAAGGCAGUGAAGAAGUAACAUUUAGCUGUAGCACUCCAAGUUCAGUUGGCGAGAAGCUACUCUAGCCCGGGAUUGCAGGGGUCGAAACGACGAUUCCCUGCAAAAUCGACGGUAACAACGUCGGCCCCAUAAGAACGGCAAUAACUAAAUGUUGCCGUAACGUACCUCCUCCUGUGUGUUUUGCCAUAUGCCGUUGUAUAUUGCUGGAGACUAAUUGCUAGCAAUUCUCUUGUAAAUAUUGUUACGUGGACAUUUUUUAUCAAAUAUGAGUAUCUUAAGACAAUCUCAAACAAGUGAUGCAAUUGUUGUUUUUGUUUUUAAAAUUCAGUGUGCAUUCAUCGAUGUGUUCCAAUUGGUGCAGCAGAGCACUGCGCAUCUACAAUAUCGACCAACUGUAAUAAAAUUUAUAUUAGGUAUAUACAAUAAUCUAUUUGAUAACAUUCUCACACACAUAGACACACAGUGCAGUAAAACGCAGUAAAAUUCAUCGCCGUCAUUUACUUACGUCUUACGUCUUACGUCUUAAGUACUCAAUCAAUCUCCAUUGUAUUUCUGUGGAACCAAAGAUUCUCUAAAUGAAAUUCUUACACUUCUUUGGAAUUUUGUGCAGUUCGAAUUAUUUGAUGUGACAAUAUGGUUUGAGGUUUAUAUUUUAACUGUUUUUAUUAAGUACAUCAAAGUUUAAACAUAGGUUAGUUCAGAUUAAUUAAUGUUUUUUAUUAUUUUUGGUCUAUAUUGUAUGUCAGCCUAGAUUGUUGUUCAUAUUUCUCAAUUCUUGAACCACUAAUAUGUACCUAUUAUUUUAAAUUUUAUAAGUUUAUUAUUUAUUUUAAAUUCUUGUGUUGAACUAUUUACUUGAAAUAAAAUAACUGUGUGGUCCUGAAUUGUCUCGAUUCUCGAUUUUUCACUUGCAUUAGAAUGUUCAUGUCCGAUGCAUUGAGAAAUUAUACGUCGAACAAAUUUUUAAUUAACCAAUGCAUGAAUCGUAUGUUCAAGUUUUUUUUUGUGCAAUAAUUUUAACGAGUAAAGUUCACAUGAGGAAGUUGUGUUCCAUUUUUUUUUAUGUCUAUUUAUUGCCAUUUUCGUUAUUUUCUCAAAUUAAAUAAUUAAAUGUAAGAUAUAUUUUGUUUCGUAUAUUACAAAAUAAUUACAUAAUUACCACUCAUCAUCUAUUUCUGUGUUGUCAGCUCUAAUAUUUGCAUCACUGUCUCGUUCGUAAGACGUUUCAAAAGCAGCAAGCAAAAAAAAGACAUUUUAUGUGUAUUUUUGUCUCAUGUUGUUAACUUUUAUAUGAUCACAAAUAAUCCACGACGAUCCAAUUUUGUAAACCAAAAAUAACUAAAUUUUUGUAUUAUAUUUUCAUAUUACUUUUGUCUUGUCGAAUUUUGCGUCAUUUUCAAACUUCUUUUUAACUACAUUUAAUUGUAAUAUGAAAAUUUAAAAUUGAUAUUGUAUUUACAAAAUUCGACAAGAGAAGACUAUCAUGAACCGGUAAUUAUAUUUUGAACAAGACUGAUAUCGCCACAGUUAAGGUAAAACAAUGUUUUUCACGGUAGAUCUGAAAUUUUUACACAGCAAACAUUUAGUAAAUGUUUAUUUCUUGCUACUCAUUUAAAGUUGUUUAUAAAAUUUGUGAUAUACAUACCUACGUGUAACUUUUAAUCAACUGUUUACAGGUUACAUCAGUAAAGUAAAACGUACGAAAUGAAUGACGAAUUCUAUCCAAGAAUCAGUUUAUAAUAUAUUUUACUGUUAUACUAGUGUAUUAUUAGUUAGUUAAAAGAUUUACCAAUUUCAGAAUUUAUUAAAAACGUUGUUUUAUAUGUUUGGUGUAUUGUGUAAUUUUUUUGUACUAUAUUAGAAUAUUAUUUAUAAUUCAAUCAAUAACUAUAAUAAUUUUAUAAACAUAUCAUUUUAAUUAAUUUCUUGCAUUUAUAAAUUUGUAAGAUAAUAAUUUUAAGUUAUUUUCGUUUUGUUAGAUUCAUUCGUAAAUUUUAAUUUAAAAAUAUAGAAUCAGUAUUUAUACAAAAAGAUGUUUUAUUUGAUUUGUUAGUAUAAUUUUAAAGCCACCACCAAUCGUCGAUAUAUUUAUUUCGAGACAAUAAUAGUAAUAUUUGUAAUUGAAAACCAAUGACAUGCUUUUUUACAUAUACAUAUUAUUUUAAAUGGCCCUGUUUUCCAGUUUUAUAUUAAAAAAAAUGUGAAUAAUAAAUACAAACUUUUUCA